AUGGGUGAAGGCGCAGCCGAACCUAGCCGAACUUUCAAACAUCGGGUAACGCUCACGUCGAAAGGAACUUCCUUCCUUGACUGCGCUGACAUGGGUGAUGCCCAACCCAAACGCAUAACCAUCGUAUACGCCCAACGUGUUGAUCCUGUCGGCCUAACUUCACUGGCUUUCGACGCGUAUUUACCAACCGGGACAUCAGCGGUCGACGUAUCAACGAACGGGGAGAUAGUUCUUCCUGCAGUUGUCUACUUCCAUGGAGGUGGUCUUACUGUUGGAAACAGAGAUAGCUGGUUCCCGACGUGGCUGCAAAAACGCGUCCUUUCUCUGGGGUUUAUAUUCAUCUCUGCCGACUAUGAGUUGAUACCACCGUCUAAUGGACACAAUAUCGCGAAGAACCUACAGGAUCUCUUCUGUUUUCUCUCGCGAAACGCAAUCAAGAGUGAAGGUCGAGCUUUCCACGUAGACACAGAGCGAAUCACAGUUUCUGGAUCCAGCGCAGGUGGACUUUGUGCAUAUCUGGCCGCGAUCCACUGUUCGCCUAAGCCCAAAGCUAUCGUGAGUAUGUAUGGUAUGGGUGGAGACUUUCUUACACCCCAUUAUCUUCGUUCAAAGACUGAAGUCUUCUUUCGUGGCCGCGAGCUCCUCAACCCAGUUGAUUUUGCUGAAUACAUGCACCCUUUCCAGCUAGAGAAGCUACCCAGGAUCGCGGACUCCCCUCUGGUUUACCACCCACCAUCUUAUCAUAUUCCCGGCUAUCCUGCAAAUCCGCGAAUGCUACUCGCUCGACUUUACCUCCAACUUGGCAUAUUUCUCGACUAUUACACCGCAAGGCACGAACCCAGCCUGAGCAGCACUCUCCGUUCUCUCCUCGGUGGUGAUAUCGACGCGUUACGACAGGCCGUUCCGGAAGAAUGCCGGAGUCUCUUCCCCCAGUUUUGUGUAGAUAAGGGUUGGCCUCCAACAAUGCUCUUGCAUGGAACCAACGAUACAGCGGUAUCUGUCGAGGAGUCUCGUAACCUCAGAUCCAUGUUGGAAAACCUCGGCGUUGCUGUGCAAUUGACUGAGUUCGAGGGCAAGGAGCACUCGUUUGACUACGAACCCGGUGCUGAAGAUAUCUGGAAGGACCAUUUUGACAAUGUCAACCAUUUCAUCGGUAGAUUUUUGAAGGCGAGUAGCUAG